AUGUCCCCAGCACCUGUGCAGUACUUGCCAUUAAGUAUGUCCCAGAUGUCAGCCUCCUCUGUUGCAACCAGCAAACCUUCCAGUAUGAAUCCCACAGAAGCCAAGGAUGUAAAAACAGAACCUGAAAAGAAGUCACAAUCAACUAAGCCAUCCGUGGUUCAUGAGAAGAAACUUCAAGAAGAGAAGCCAAAGGAAAACAAAGAGACUAAAUCAAAGAACACAGGUGACAGUGCACAGAGUCUGGUUGCUGGUGUAACUGUGACAUCUGACAAACCAAAGGACAAGUCAGACAUUGAUGCUGCCUUGGAUGACUUAGUAGACACUUUGGGGAAACCUGAAGAAACCAAAGAAGAUGAUACAAAAUAUACCGGACCAGAAGUUUCUGAUCCAAUGGAUUCCACCCACAUAGAAGAGUUGGGUAAAAGAGAAGUUACAAUUCCUCCAAAAUAUAGGCAACUUUUGAAUAAUACAAUGAGUGAGGAAGUUAUUGAUGCCCUUUCCGCCUCACUGGGAACUCGGAAGCCGGAGCCUGAGCUGGACCUGAGUUCUCUGAAGGAAGUCAGUGAGGCAAAAUCCAGAGAAGAAAAGCUAAAGACAUGUGGUGAAGAUGAUGAAACGAUCCCACCUGAGUUCAGAUUAAAACCAGACAAGGAUGGAAAACUACCAUUGCCUGAGCCUGGAGAAAAACCAAAGCUCCUGAGUGAAUCAGAACUCUUUGAUGAACUUUCAGAAGACUUUGACCAAUCUAAAAGUAAAGAGAAACCAUCUAAACCAACUGAAAAAGUGAAAGGAUCUGAGGCUCCAGCCCCAAGCCCCGUGGGAGACACUGUGUCUCAGGCCUCAUUGUGUAAUAUUCAAUCUGCACCACCCACAUCUGCACCACCCACAUCAGGUGUUAUACCAGAUGAUGCUGUGGACCGCUUGGCUGGCAGCCUGGGGAAAAGGGAAGCUGAUCCUGAAGAUGGAAAACCUAUAGUGGAUAAAAUCAAGGAGAAAGCCAAAGAAGAAGACCGUGAAAAGCUUGGUGAAAAAGAAGAAACAAUUCCUCCCGAUUAUAGACUUGAAGAGACGAAGGAUAAAGAUGGAAAACCACUCCUGCCGGAAGAGCCCAAGCAAGAGCUGGCACCCAUGAGUGAUGACCUCCUACUGGAUGCUCUGUGUGAGGACUUCUCUGGUCCCCCGAACACGUCCAAUCUUAAAUUUGAUGAUGCCAAACUUGCUGCUGUGAUUUCUGACGUCGUUUUGGAAACUGCAGCUUCAACUACCCAAUCUGCACACCCUCCCCCAAAGGCUCCGCAAAGUGACAGCAAAGCGCUUGAUGAUGCUCUGGAUCAGCUCUCUGACAGCCUAGGACAAAGACAGCCUGACCCGGGUGAGAGCAAGCCAAUGGAGGACAAAGUAAAGGAGAGAGCGAAAGCUGAGCAUCGAGACAAGCUAGGAGAGAGAGAUGACACCAUCCCACCUGAAUACAGACAUCUCCUAGAUAACGAUGAUCCGGGCAAAUCAGGGAAGCCAUCUGCAAAGAAACCCAAGGAAUCAACGAAACCUGCAAGUGGCCAGGAUCCCAUUGAUGCCCUUUCAGAAGAUUUCAACAACUGUCCUUCAACCACAGAAACCCCACAGAAGGCCACAAAGAGCAAAGGCAAGAAGACGGAUUCCAGUGGCAAAACACACAAGAAUGGAGGGAAAUCAAAGGAAUCAUCUAAGGUAUCUGCAUAUAAGUCUUCAGCUGGUGAAUGGUGA